UACUACCUAUGAUCAAAGUUAUGUGUCAUCAUAGAGGACUAGUGACUUGUGCAAUUUUGAGUAUGGUUUUCUUGGAGACAAUCAAUGUUCAAGUGCGUGGAAUUUGAUGGCAUGUAACAUAUACGAUUUUAAUCACUCAUUUAAUGCUUAUUAUCCAUAUUUUUGUAUUUGUUUGGCCAUUACGAUUUGAAAUUUCUUGUUAUUUGCUCAAGGGUGUAUUUAGUAACCUCUAGGUGUGUUUUUAUAAUUUGAUCACGUUUUGGUAAUAUUACGUGGAUUUUUAGGUCAUAUCACCCCAAUGAAUAACCUUGUACGAGAUAGAGUCAUCAUGACUAGUAAGUUGGAAGUUGGGAGUAGAGCUUGGAAGUGCAGCCCAAAUUUGCGGCCAUAAUUGUCUACCAAAACGAAAAUUGGCGGCUUAGGCACCAUUUUUUCAUAUGUGCAUUUUUCAAAUUUUGAUGACCCAUAAAUGGAACCUACAUUUAUAACAGUCUGAACCAGCAGUGGACCAAAAUGGCGGCCAGAAACUAUAAAUGGUGGUCUGACCAAUAAAAUGGACCGCCAUUUUGGAGGAGUGCUUUAAAAUGAGAUUUUCAAAGAGAAACAUGAAUCUCUGAUUUCAUAUAUCCAACUAGGGUUUAUAUACAUACAUAUGGUCUAUAGAAGCUCCCAAGCCUCGAAACAAAGAAAGAAGCCAAGGAUCAAGAAGAAAUCGUGAUGGUGGUAUUUCCUUCUUUAGUAUUCUUUAGAUGGCUAAGCUCUUUGAUUGUUCAUAUUACAUAGGGGUGCGAUUUUACUCGAUUUUCAUAACAAUUAUGCUAAAUAUAGAACCAAAAAUUGGGUUGGAUUGAAAAUGAUAUAAACCUUAACUGGAUUGGAUUGAAAAUUGCUCUGUCGGAAUUUAUCCUGAAAUGGCCUACGGGAUUGAUGAUGUGCAUCAAUUAUGUCAAUGAUAAUGCAUUUUCAGAAUGUGGAGAAAUGUUUAGUUAAGGUACUGUAAUAGGAAAGAGUUCUAGGUUCAGUGAUGAAAGGUGACAUAAUCCAAAAUUGCGGGAGAUCCUAAGGAAAGAAAAAUAAAAUUUUAAAUGCAAAGCCCAAAGCUAAAGCAGCGGUCGUGGGCUCGUGGGUGUUGAAGGAAAAUCCCGCCUUUCGUUUCUUUUUAUAUAUGUUUUGUUUUGUUUUCCUUUUUCUUUUUUUUUUCUUUUCCUUUUGCUUUCCACUCUAUCCCUCUCCCUCGAUCUCCCCUCCUCUCCAUUUUGAUCAUUCCCUCACAGAGGCACGUUCAUCGUUCAUGGAAGCUUUCAAAAAAUCAAACCAGGAAACUUGAAAAGAGAAUCAAAUGUAGCCGACAGCGAUAGCAUCACCACCAUAAGAAGAAAUAAAUCAAAAAAUGUGCCUCCUUCUCCGCCGUUCUCCUUCCAAUUCAGGUUUUGAUCGCUCUAUUUUUCUCUCUCUCUCUCUUCAUAUUUACGUGAUCUUAUGAUUCUCUCUGCCUUCCAAGUUCCAACAUUGUUUGAAAGGUUUAAAGUGCCUGCGAGCUUCCGAAAGAUCCAAUGGUGCUUUGUUCCUUUUAGCUUUUUGAGAAUUCCGCAUAGGCCAGUUGAUUAUAGGAACCUCAGAAGUUUAUUUUGGAUCUUUUGGGUGAACCGGAAUUCGUUUGCUGCUAACUCUCGUUGGCAUUUUCUUCAAUUCCUUGCUCCUUUUGCUGGAGCUAGCUAAGGAUAAAAAGAUAUUCCAAUUAAGCUUUGCAUGAUGCAUUCAAGUGUCUAUUGUGAUUCAUUUCCACCCUAGUUUUCUAAUUCAGGUUAUUCCUCAUUUGAUAAAUAUUUUCAGGAUACUUUAAGAAUGCAAGAUUGUAUUGCAAUUAUUACCUUUUUCAUUUCCGUUACGAGUUUGGGUAAGUAAUGCUCUCAAUUAUGUUUUUCCUUAGGAUGGUUAUGAUCAACUAGAGGUGCCACCAUGUUCGACGGAGAAAUCUCGCUUGUCUGGAGGCUGAUGACCAGCUCCGAGUCAUAUGGCCCAUUUCUUUUCCGGUGGUUCUUAACUGCAACAUUGGGUGUUCUCGCUCUUGCAUAUGCAAUCCUAAUAUGGCAGAGAAAGACAUCAUUGAAUUGGGUUAAAGCAGCUGCUAGAGCAAAGAAAGAAGCAUGGAGGAAACUGAAUGUUCCUAGAUCAUCCCAUUCAUGGAUGGAGGAUUUAGCACAGAUUCGACUGCCUUCCACUUGCUGUGUUUGCCUCACUUCCUUAGUUUCUCCAACUAAUGCGUCAAAAUCUGCGUCCCACAGUACCUCUUCUGUCCAUCGUUGCUCUGUUUGUGGUGUUGCUGCUCAUUUCUACUGUUCGGAGUUUACUGCAAAGGAUUGCAAGUGUGUUGCCCAAGCUGCCUUCAUUCAAGUCCAACAUCAGUGGUCGGAGAGGUGGUCUAAAAUGGAGGAAAUCUCGGAGAUGUCUGCCUUUUGUUGUUACUGCGAUGAUCCUUGUGGUGUUCCUUUUGUUACUGACUCGCCCACAUGGCAUUGCCUAUGGUGUCAGCGGCUUAUACAUGUCAAGUGUCAUGCUAAGUUGUCAAAAGAAUCUGGAAAUAUUUGUGAUCUGGGUCCUCUAAGUCGGAUUAUUCUCUCUCCACUAUGUGUGAAGGACCUGGAUGAUAAAGGGUCUUCAUGUUCUACCCCAGAGGAAAUCCCAGCUUCCACAUUUCGUGGACAGAUGAAAAGGAGACGUACCCGGGGUAAAAAUGGAAACAAUCACUCUGCCAACGGUAAGUUGCAAGAUGCAUCAUCAGCUACAACUAAGGCCCUGGAUUUUUUACUAAAUGGGCUUGUUAAUCUGAGGAAAUCCGGAAGUGAGAAAACUGGCAAUAGUCGCUCCAAAAGAGAUGGCAGAUCUAAUGGUCCAGUCAAUGGUUUAACACACAAGAAAGAUGGAACUACUUUCAACAGUCAACUUAAAAGAUAUGCUUUGGUAAAUCUAUCUCAAGAUGCAAGACCCCUUCUUGUCUUUAUUAAUUUCAAGAGUGGAGGGCAACUUGGGUCUUCUCUCCGAAGUAGGAUGAACUUGCUGUUAAAUCCGGCUCAGGUGUUUGAACUAAGUUCUUCUCAAGGGCCUGAGGCUGGUUUACAGUUGUUCAGCGAUGUGCAGUAUUUCAGGAUUCUGGUUUGUGGUGGAGAUGGCACAGUUGCAUGGGUCCUUGAUGCAAUCGAGAGACAUAAUUUUGAAUCCCCUCCCCCAGUUGCUGUGCUUCCUCUUGGCACUGGGAAUGAUUUGUCAAGGGUAUUGCAGUGGGGGAGAGGUUUCAAAAUGGCAAAGCGACAAGGUGGCCUAUGUGCUAUCUUGCAUGAGGUUGACCAUGCUGCAGUUACAAUGCUAGAUAGAUGGAAAGUAAAUAUUAUAGAGGAGAAUCUAGAAGCGGACACGAAGAACAUACAGUCAAAGUUCAUGAUUAACUAUUUAGGGAUUGGGUGUGAUGCUAAACUAGCGUAUGAAUUUCAUGUGACUCGGCAGGAAAAGCCUGAAAAAUUUAGCAGUCAGUUUGUGAAUAAAUUACGAUAUGCUAAAGAAGGUGCAAGGGACAUAAUGGACAGAGCUUGUGCAGAUUUGCCAUGGCAAGUGUGGCUUGAAGUUGAUGGAAAGGACGUUCAGAUACCAAAGGAUACUGAGGGUUUAAUUGUCCUGAACAUUGGCAGCUACAUGGGUGGAGUAGAUCUUUGGCAAAAUGAUUAUGAGCAUGAUGAUGAUUUUACCCUGCAGUCCAUGCAAGAUAAAAUGCUAGAGAUUGUAUGCGUUCGUGGAGCCUGGCAUCUAGGGAAAAUCCAGGUUGGACUAUCACAAGCAAAGAGGCUAGCACAAGGGAACAUUAUAAGAAUACACGCUUCGAGUUCAUUCCCAGUGCAGAUAGAUGGGGAGCCAUUCAUCCACCAACCGGGUUGCCUAGAGAUCAAACACGAUGGUCAGGUGUUCAUGUUGAGGAGAACACUAGAGGAGCCAAGAGGGCAUGCAGUUGCGAUAAUGACUGAAGUAUUGGCUGACGCAGAGUGCAAAGGGAUCAUCAACACAUCGCAACGGAAAAUACUGCUCCAGCAGUUGGCUCUCAAUCUCUCUUGAGUUGGAAUCCAGAUGAGGAGUCCCUAUUUGGUUUGGAUUAACAAACUUUUGUCCCGCAGUUAGCAUUGCCUUAGGUUCUUACGAUAAUUGUUUUGUAAUUGGUUUGGUAUAUAGGAGUCGGUCAAACAGGCGUAUAAUUGAUUCCUAGAGUUUUUAGCCAGGCCCAACUGCCAAAUGGCAUGAAAAUUGGUAGUUUGAAAGGUAAGGCCUUGUAACAGAAAAGAGAAAACAAAAGCAAGUGUACCAUUUGAAAAUAUAUGAGUGUUGAUACGACUUGAAAUCCUAUGCUUUUUCUUAGGUCUAAGUUUGGAGAUUGGGGUGGUUUGUUAGUGGGGUUGGGUAAUGGAUUUGGUAUCCAUAUUUCAAGCAUCAAGUAUCGUGGACAAACUCAUAUUAUUUUUAACAAGUUUAUUGUUUAAUGCGGAAAAAAUUUGUGGGGGGGGCCAUGAAUUUGAUUUUUUUAGAUCUUCGGUAGAUCCCAUCGAUUUGCGAAGCCCACCAUUUGAGAUUUCUUAAUGAAAAACAAAAUUUGUG